CUGUUUCGGUUCUGUUCACUCUCGGUCGUGUCGGCACGACAGGAUCGUAGCAUAGCAGCAGUCGUAGACCGACCUCUACAGUCGACGGUUCGAGUAUUUCGCUUAUACAUUUUGAAAUAAUUCGUGUGUUCCGAGUUACACGUUCGGAAUUUCAUUUUUGCUCAACAAACUUCACUUUAGAACGAACAGAAAAUGAGCGUUGGUUAAUUUGUGGCGUCACUAAAAACGUGGUGUUUUUAUUUUAUUAUUUUAUAAAUUGGAUUAUCAGUGUUUUUGUGAAAGAUGGGAUUUGUAGUGAUUUAAGUGUUUCUUUUUAAACCCAUCGACAACAAUCCAGCUUCAGUGUCCCUCCAUCAUAUUUUCCUUAACAGUUGUCAGCGCUAGUCAGCGCCAUUAUCCAAACUGGCAGCCAGCGCACUAGCCUCAAUGAAUCCGCACUACCAUCCGUACGGGGGGCCUGGAGAACUAACAUCGCCGCAUCCCCCAUCUCCGGACAACAAUAACUACCACGGUCAUGGAGGACCUGGAGGACCUCACGGAGGAAUGCAUCCUGCCAACGGACAUGCCAUAGGAUCAAUAGGAUUACAAAACGGACCAUCCCACAACCACCACCAGCACCCGGCCUACACCAACAGCGGUACACCAACACCGGACGGUAGUCUGCAUCCAGGACACCAUCAGAACCCCAGCAUAGUAGGCGGCCACAAUAACAACAACAACAAUAACAAUUCAGUGAAAGUUUGUGCGGGGUGCGGGGGCAAAAUUGUGGAACGUUUUCUGCUCCACGCCCUGGACCGGUACUGGCACAAUGGGUGUUUAAAGUGUUCAUGUUGUGGCGCCAUGUUGGCCGAUAUCGGCACCUCGUGUUUCACCAAAGGCGGAAUGAUUUUGUGCAAGCAAGAUUAUAUGAGGUUGUUCGGCAGCUCGGGAGCGUGCUCGGCGUGCGGUCAAACGAUCCCCGCCAGCGAGUUUGUAAUGAGAAGCGGUGGCGGUAACAACAAUCCCUCAGGACCUGGAGCACCUUUGCACAUUUUUCACAUUAAAUGUUUUAUGUGCAGCAAGUGUUUGGCACCUCUCGUGCCUGGAGAUAGGUAUUAUAUGCUGGCAGGUAGCCUGGUAUGCGAACAAGACUGGCACAAAUUGCUCAAAAGCUCGGCGGCAGCACCGACAGUACGAAAAGGCAAAGUGGGGCGACCGCGUCGGAGUAGGGACUGAACAAACAACAGUACUGAUACAGUUAUUCCAUGGUAGCUGUCCAGGACGUGCAAUAAAUAUGAAAAACAAAGACAGUUUUUUUGGUUCGGUCUUCCCAGCAUAUCCGUUCUACUACUAGUGAUAAUUUGAAGUCGAAUUUUGGAAGGUGAGACAAGGAAAGAGCUAGGAUGCCCAUUAAUUUGUUAAGCGUCGUCAUCUCUCUUUCCUCAUCUAAUAAUGUCCGCCAAAAUUCGUCUUUCCUCGUUGGUAUAACGAAAAAGAUCCGACAUCAAAACGAAUGACAAGCAAUUAAUUAUUGUAAAUCCUAUACCAUUUUUUUUGUUGGGUCAAUUAUUAUCAACUUUGUAAAUAAUACUUCUCUGUAAAAAAAAAUUUAAAAUAAAAAAUUGUGAUUGUUUUGACGACACUGUCAAAAAUUAUUAUUAAUUUUUAAUUGUGACACCCGCGACCUUAACCGAUCGAGGUGAUUUUUAUUAUUUGGUAUGUUGUUGUUAUUUUUGUAAAUAAUAAAGUAUUGUUAAUUCUGAA